AUGUCACAAUUUCAAGAGCAACUAGAGAAUAUCCCCGGGUAUGGUAUCGUCAUGGACAAAUUUAAUGACUACGCCGAAGAUCAUUGGAACAACACUGACCCAUACACUGAUAAAACCACUGGCAAAAAAUUGAAGCUCCCACCCGAUAUUACUACAAAGCAGGAACAAAAAGCGUGGGCCAAGAUCCAAUCUAUGGCCUGGACCCAUGACAAAUGUCUUUGUGGAUCUUGUGGCGUAGGAAUGGAUUGUGGGUUAGGACUCGUACCAUUUGCCGUGUUUUUCUUUCCGGUGUUGGGUCCUUUAGUCAUGUAUUUGAUCCACAUGAGAUUGGUUUCAUUAGCCAAUGAACAAUUCCAUUUGCCAAACAAGUUGAUGGCUCAAAUGCAAGCCAAUAUUGGAUUUGAUUUAUUGAUUACAUUCCCACCGAUAAUUGGUAGUUUUUUUGGGUGGAUUCAUCAGUGCUCGACAAGAAAUGCCGGAAUGAUUUAUUGCUGUGUUGUGAAGAUGGCUAAAGAGAGGCAAGCACAGGGUGGAGUAAAGUAUAGUGGGAGUGGUGUUACUGCUGGAACCUAUGGUGGGAGUGAAGCACAUUUUGGUCAAGCGCAGACACAAACAAGAGGUAUGCAAGGCGGUGGGUGGUCACAGCAACAGCAACAACAACAACCAUAUUAUUCAUAUGAUCAACAGAGGAAUGUACGAGGUGGACAGUAUGGUCAACCACAACAGCCUAAACCGGCUUAUACGCAACGUCAACUGAGGAAUAAACGAAAUGCGCAAAAUUCCAUCGAAGUUGGUCAACAACAACAAUCAGGGUUUAUAUAA